AUGAUCAGGCCGACAUGUCUAACGACUAAGUACCAGCCCGUAACAGUGCAAGGGACGACAACCAUCCCGGCGUUUGUUCAAGCGUCAUGGUCUAUACGCCAACCGAAAGUCGGAGUGAUAGCCGGAGGUGUACAGGGACCGGCGUGGAUUUGGGGGGACGACGUUAGGGUAGAACCAGUACCCCAGGAGGGAGACGUGGUCGGACUGGAAUUUUCAGAGUUACGAAUUUACAGAGCGAAUGUUAAAAGAGAAAAGGUUGAGCGGGAGCCUAGCGGACGAGGGGUGCUUCAGACGCCGAAGGGCUUUGAGACUUUUGUACCAUUUGGAAAAUGA